CUUUCAUCUUGUAUCGAUGUAUCGUUAAGCCAUACUUUAUCUUGUAUCGAUGUAUCAUUAAGCCAUCUUUUAUCUUGUAUCGAUGUAUCAUUAAGCUAUAUUUCAUCUUGUAUCGAUGUAUCAUUAAGCCAUCUUUUAUCUUGUAUCGAUGUAUCAUUAAGCUAUAUUUUAUCUUGUAUCGAUGUAUCAUUAAUCCAUCUUUCAUCUUGUAUCGAUGUAUCGUUAAGCCAUCUUUUAUCUUGUAUCGAUGUAUCAUUAAUCCAUCUUUCAUCUUGUAUCGGUGUAUCAUUAAGCCAUCUUUUAUCUUGUAUUGAUGUAUCAUUAAGCUAUAUUUUAUCUUGUAUUGAUACAGUGGAAUCAUAA